CCCAAACAGAGCGUGUGCGCGACAGGAGAGUCCAUGGAAACAACGGGACCAGGGUUGCUGCUUCUCCUGCAUCUACACCUGGUGGUGUGUGUUUCCCUCCCAGCACCUUCCAACGUCUCCAUCUCCUCCUUCAACAUGGAGCACACACUCCGCUUCCGGCCCGGCCUCGGGACCCCCCCCAACACCUGCUUCACUGUUCAGACCCUGCUCCGCCUCAGAAAGAAAACAUGGAGACCGGUGGCUGCUUGUUUGAAACUGGCAGCCGGACACACGUGUGACCUAACCAGAGCCUUCAAGGACCCGUUGAAUCACUACCAAGCCCGCGUCCAGGCCUUCACUCCCACCCAGACAUCCAACUGGACAUCGUCUGGGCCGUUCCGGCCGCUGUCAGACACGGUGUUGGGCCCUCCUGAUGUGUCCGUGUCUGGCUGUGGGAACUGUCUGCUGCUGCAGCUCCGAGCUCCUCCAGCCAGCCGCCUCCAGCCGCUCACACUGUGGUACAGGAGAGUCGUCCUCCAUGUGCGCCGGUCCAGGGACGGUGUGCAGUUCAAUCUGAGUCAGCCGUACCAAGAGGAGAACACGAUCUCCUACCUGCAGUCAGGUGUGGAGUACUGUGUGAGCGUCUCCGUGACGACACUCUUCAACUCCAACUGCGUGUCCAGUGAACCUCGCUGUGCCUUCACCAGCCCUCCUCGGUCCAGGAGCUCACUGCAUGUGGUCUUCAGCCUGCUGGGCGCCUUCUGUCUCCUGGCGUUCCUCCUCAUUGGACUGGGUGUCUGCGCCGGUUGGUUGAGCAUCACUUUACGAAGACGACCGCUACAGAGAGCUCUGGUAACCGAUCCAGAUUCAUACGUCCUUCUCCAAUGUCGGAAUCAUGGAAGUGCACCCAUCGUCGUCUCAGAUGAGAUCUCAGCCUUACAGCAGCAUCCAGAGGGCUCAGCUGACUGCCUGCUGCAUCCAGAGGGCUCUGCUGACUGCCUGCUGACUGCCUGCUGAGCUGCUCUGAGACAAGAAGCCCCAACGUUUGAAGUGGAAGUGUUUUGGGCGACCGGACAUGGGCUAAAGACCAGAAGAGCUAGGUUAGGUGGUCACUGGUUUUGAGAAAAGGCAGAAGUUGAGGGUAACGUUUAUGGUUUACUAUCAGAGUGAGAUGUUUUUGUAAAUGGUUAUAAUUCUGUUUCUAUGCCAUUAUUUAGAAUGUGACUCUUCUCCUGACUUUCUAAAUGUGUUUGAUGAAGUUUCUAAUCUUUUUUAUAAUCCAGAGAAUAACUGUGUCAAAUGAGGCGGAACAGACAUGUACAGUAAACUAAGAAUACCGUAAAUGCAUGAGACUUGAACUGAGCAACCAAGUGAUUUAGGAGUAACCAUAAAACAUCAGCAUGGUUCUUCACACAUUAGUUUGAGUAUUGAGUAUAUCAUUGUUUGCACUUAGGGUAUGUUGUAUUACACUCAAUCUAUUCUACUAUAUUUACUUAAUUGCUGCCAUCCAUCCUGUUGUCCUCUUUUUAUAUAGAUAUUAUACUUACUGAAGAUCUGAUGGUGGUGAUGCCAUUCUGUACGAUAGUGCACCAGCAUAUAUUGAGAUUUAAAAAACAUCUGUUGAAUAAAGCAUGAUAAAAAAAAGUGACUUAUUCUCUACCAGAACUUGUUUACAAGCUAUUUAAAAAUAAAUGACCAAAUGACAUUCCA